GCCCAGCUAUGCCUCGCUCUUCCAUUGGACAGCCCGGAAGAAGAGGCGCGCGCCUCCGCUCGCUCCCGCGCUGGCUUUGUGUGCUUCUAAGGGACUCGAGGAGAAUCUGCAGUGAACCCCGCCAAAGGGCGCCUGCGGGAAGCCAUGGAGGAACUGAGCGCAGUCGGGGAACAGGUGUUCGCGGCGGAAUGCAUCCUCAACAAGAGGCUACGAAAGGGAACAGCGGAAUACCUGGUGAAGUGGAGAGGCUGGUCCUCCAAACACAAUAGCUGGGAGCCAGAAGAAAAUAUUUUGGAUCCACGACUACUUCUGGCAUUCCAGAAGAGAGAACAAGAGAAAGAACUGCGGAACAGAAAGAGAGGAAAACGGCCACGAGGAAGACCACGUAAAAAUGUGGAGGCUGAAGUUCCACCAAAAGCCAAAUCAAGCAGCUCUUCCUCCUCUUCAUCAUCUUCGUCAUCCUCUUCCUCCUCCUCAUCUUCCUCGUCUGAGGACAGUGAUGCUGAAACACAGCAAAACGCCAGACCUCGGGAUUCCCACCCAGUACCACAGAAGAAGGCCCAAGCAGUGGUAGUGAGGCCAGAGUUAAAGGAACAAUUGCGUAAGAAGAGAGGAAGGAAACCACUACCCCCCGAACAAAAGGUCCCUAGACGGACGAAGGGAGCCAAACCUGGACCUAAAAGUGGAGCAGAAAAGGUCCAGUCGGGGAAUAGAUUACCAGGGUUCUCUGCUCUUAAAUCACACACUAAAGAUGUACCUGUGUCGAGUAACAGCCAUCAAGGUGGUCUGUCUUCAGAGGUACUUGCAAAUUUAGCAAAAAACUCCCCUCACCAUCCUAAUGGUAGCUCGCCCCGUAACCUUAGCUGGCAAAGCUCUAUUGUCCAUUAUAUGAACCGAAUAACACAGAACAGCUCUCAGCCAGGUAAGAGGCCAGUCAAUUCAGCUUUUACUUCAAAGCGCAUCAGUCAGGCAUCAGAUACAAAAAGCAUCUCGAAAACACAGGUGGAUGUUGGACCGACUUCAGUUAAAACUGUGAAGCUUCAUGACUCCGAAGAACAAACAGAAUCUCAAAUAAGCCAGCCUGUGUUACCUGGAGAAACACCCAACAGAGAAAACAUCCCAACUGUCCAGAAUAAAAUUCACAGUGCACAAGGCAUGGGGACAUUUGGAAGUAACUCCUCUGUACAUACUCCUCCGAAAAAUAACCUUCCUCCCACCCUUGCCGGGACUGCUGGCAGCAAAGCUGAUAAAGGUGGCAGAAAAGUGGGAGGUGUAGGGCCCGUGAGAUCCGCGCUCUCAGGACCCACAAGGGAUGUCGCACGCACAACUUCAGAUAAAGGGCAGCAGGCAGAAGCCCACAGAGAGCUGGCAGAGUUGAGUACUGGAGAUGACAGCAGCUUGGACUCCGAUCAUGAUUCAUCCCUAUCCAGCCAGGAUAUGUCUGUCCAAGCUGGUCAGGAUUGGAAACCAACCCGCAGCCUGCUUGAGCAUGUAUUUGUGACAGAUGUCACUGCCAACCUUAUCACAGUAACUGUAAAGGAGUCCCCCACUAGCGUUGGCUUCUUCAACAUGCGGCCAUUUUGAGCGGUGUUAAACCAUUGGGGAGCAUA